UCAAGCAAAGAGGAGACGUUCGCAUCACAAAUUGAUGCUCUCGUGCAUAGAUUGUUAGAGGCGUCAGGGAAUGACACAAGUAAGGAAGAUUGUGGCAAUAAUCUGGUCUGGCAUAAAAUGGAAGGCCUACCUGGCCGAUAUGCGCAUGAUAUGCUGAUCCAUGAAAUUGCUGAAGUUGGAUGGCCAGAUAAGGUAGAAGUUUGUUGGACCGCGAUUCUGGAAUGGAAGACAGCCAAUAGGAACGGGAGAUGA